UAUAUCUCUCUCACUCUCUCUCUCUCUCUCUCUCUCUCUCUCUAAACCGUGCAACCUCUAGUCUACUACUGCCUGAAGUACAUUUCCUAACUAGGAAACGUUAAAGUCCUACAUGCACAUUUACACACAUAACACAGACUAAAAUCCACACUUUCUAAAAAAAAAAAAAAAAAAAAUGAUGAAUGCCGAUCAACACACUUCACUGGCAUCCUCAUCUCCGCCGCCGGAGAGCGGCGGAAGGAUCAAGCGAAGUCGCGGCGGCGCCGCCACGAACUCCAAGCACCCGGUCUACCGCGGCGUCCGGAUGCGGAGCUGGGGCAAGUGGGUCUCCGAAAUCCGGGAGCCGCGGAAGAAGUCGCGUAUAUGGCUGGGGACCUUCCCCACGCCCGAGAUGGCGGCGCGUGCGCACGACGUCGCGGCGCUGAGCAUCAAGGGCGCUUCCGCCGCCCUCAACUUCCCCGACCUCGCCGCCGCGCUCCCCCGCCCGGCCUCGCUCAGCCCGCGCGACGUCCAGGCGGCGGCCGCGAAGGCCGCCGCGAUGGAGAAGUUCGACGCGCCGCCGCCGAGCUCGCUCUCCUCGUCGUCGUCGCUGUCGUCGCUCGUCUCGUGCUUGGACCUGUCGGCGGCGGCGGAGGAGGAGGAGCUGAGCGAGAUCGUCGAGCUGCCGAGCUUGGGGCCGUGCUUCGAGGGCGAUGAGUUCGUGUACGUUGAGAACGCGGUGGUGGAUGGGUGGUUCGACGCGCCGCCGCCGUGGGGCGGCGGCGACGGUGAUGCCGGCAUUUCGAGUUGCUUCGAAACUUUGCUGUGGGAUUAUUGAUGUUAAUUAAUUAAUAAUUUCUCUGUCAUAUUUUCUCUUUCUCUGUAAUUACUGAAAUUCUAGCCCUUUUUAUUUUUUAAAUCAAGGGCUUGUGUUCAUUUCUUCCUCUUUGUGAAAUGAAUCCUACUGUACAGAACUCUCUCUCUCUCUCUCUCAGGCAAUUUUUUUUUUUAAUACGUGUGUUCUCUUUAUUUAAUUGUAAAUUUAUGAUAAAAGGAGAGAUAAAAAUAAUAUUUUCUUAA